AUGAUUUCUCAGCUUUAUGCGUUCCGGGACCACCUUCUUUGGAUUUCAGAUAAAUUUGAGAGGGUUAGAUGGAUUCAGGGCCCCUUAUACGUGGGUACCGGGUGCAUUUUCAAUAGGCGAGCUCUUUAUGGUUAUGAGGCUCCGGGCAAGAUCAGGCAGAGAGAACAAGGAAUUCUCUCAAUGUGCUUUGGAGGAUCAUGUAGAGAGGGUUCUACAGCGAAAAAGAGAACCGACGAGAGAAUGAAAAUUUCAAGCAAGAAUGCGGAACCUGAUGCUCCGAUGGUCGAUCUAGAACGUUCUCAAGAAGGGAUAGAAGGUGACGGAUACGAGGAUGAGAAGUUGCAUCUCAUGUCACACUUGAGCCUGGAGAAAUGGUAUGGUCAAUCGUAUGGCUUCAUCGAGUCGAUACUACUUGAAACAGGGGACGUUUCUCAAUUUGCAUCUCUGGAAACUCUCCUUAAAGAAGCCAUUCAAGUUAUUAGCUGCGGAUAUGAAGACAACACCAAAUGGGGAAGCGAAAUAGGAUGGAUCUACAGUUCUGCAUCGGAGGAGUUUGUGACAGGACUAAAGAUGCACGCCCGUGGUUGGAGAUCAAUCUAUUGCAUGCCGAAACGUGCUGCUUUUAAAGGGUCUGCUCCCACUAACCUGUCGGAUCGUCUCAAUCAAGUUCUUUGUUGGGCUCAAGGUUCCGUUCAAGUGCUCCUCAGCCGGCAUUGCCCCAUUUGGUACGGCUUCGGUGUGAGGCUGAAAUUGCUUCAAAGGCUCGCAUAUAUCAAUGCCACAGUUUAUCCAUUCACGGCGAUCCCACUGCUUGCAUAUUGCACAUUGCCAGCUCUGCAGAUCAGCAUCAUAGGCAUUAUCUCUUUUAUCUCACUUUCUUUAUCUAUCAUCGCCACCAACAUACUAGAAAUGAGAUGGAGCGGGGUCAGGAUUGACGUGUGGUGGAGUACUGAACAGUUCUGGGUAAUAGGAGGUGUCUCGGGGCACCUGUUCGCUAUUUUCCAGGGCCUGCUCAAAGUCCUCACCAGAAUAGACACCAGUAUCCACACACCUUCCAAAGAAUCCAAUGAGCAGACCGUGUUCUCCGAGCUGAAAAUAUUCAAAUGGACCAGCCUGCUUAUUCCACUAACGACCCUCCUCCUCAUAAACCUGAUCGGACUGGUUACCGGAGUGUCUAGCGCCAUUAGCAGCGGGCAUCAUAUUUGGAGCGUGCUGUUCCGCAAGCUGUUCUUCGCUUUCUGGGUGAUAAUUCAUCUCUGUCCCUUCCUUAAAGGACUACCAAGCAACCAGAGCAGAGUGCCGACGAUCGUCAUCGUGUUGUCGAUUCUGCUGGCCUCUAUCUUUUCCUUGCUCUGGGUGCACAUCCAUCCUUUUACAACCGCGGUGGUUGGCCCAAGUAUUGAGCAGUGUGGAAUCAACUGCUAGAUACCAUGAAAUCUUGCACAAAUCCGAGCGUGGUCAGGGGUUUUUCGUCACACAUGUUUAGUUCGGCAAACAGUAUAUACGAGUAAAUUUUAACUACCUACAGUUUAGUGAAUCAAUUGAUUUGUUGAUCUUAUACGUAAACGUGUACCUAGCUUUAUACAGUUGAAUUGCUGACAAGUUUCUGGUGUUGAUCUUCGGUAAAGUUUGGUUUCGUUCGACAAUAACUCAGACAUAAAAGCAUUGCAGUGAUGCAAAACGUACAGCCAUCGGUUAUGCGAGAGGAUGUUGUUCUGUGUUUCUGCUAGAAAAACAUUCUUUUUAUUCGCGCGGUUCUGACAUCUUCUUCAUUCAGGAGGUAGAAAUGAUGAGCCAUGAAACCCCUUUUCUC